GGUGCCGUUACGCACAGUGCCAAACUAAGCGUGAAGACAGUAAAUUUUGAAUGGGAACCUCCAAUGAGCCUCUCCGGAAAUAUUUCUUUCUUUGCUACGGUCGUGAAAGACAAAGCUACAUUCUGGGUAAAACUUCAAUCGCCAGAACUCUACAAGAGGGUAAGCGCUAUCUAUGAAAUCAGGGGGCAAAAAUUUGGGGGGGAAUGGGGCAAGGCCUUGUUAAUGGGUUUGCAGAAAUGCUAUUCUGCCGUGCAGUUGAGCGCUGUCGAAACAUUCUAGGUAAUGCCGGUAAGGGACAGACCAUUAUUAAUGGCGGAGUUGGAGACCACAGAGAAAGCAAGCGAAAAAAUCGUUACCCGCGAUCUCUUCUAAAAUAUAGUUUACAUCUUCACUGCAUGCACCGCUCGAAGGCAGAGAACAAUAAUUACUCCACCCCUCGAGUAUAUCUUGUGCAUACUAUAUUUCACAGGGACAAAUAUUAUGUGCAACUGCAUAACAUUUUUGGUUCUAUACAGAUAUAAAAUCCAUUACAUAACAAUACAGUGUCAACAAAAAUCACUGCGUUUUGGAAGUGAUAUUAAUCCUGCACCGUUUAACAACUAAUCCUUCACCGUAUAACAAAUAUUCAGGUUUGUUAUUCUGCUUUCACGGAUCAUCCAAAUUCUGUAUAUUUAUUUAAACGUAGAUGAUGCUAACUUCGCAAUUGAUUUAUAUAGAAAAUAAUAACUGGUAUUUAACAGUACUGUUCUAGCAUCCAGAAUUUACAUGCAGAUUUAAAUUAAUUAAGCGUGUAAUAGUCUGCUCAAAACAUAUAUUCUAGUUGUCAAAUGCUCAAAGGUAUAAAUGAGAGCUAAUGAUUUUAGUGGGAAAAUGACAUUUGGACCAUAGAAAUGAAAUAUGCACCAGAUUUUUUUCCGCGGGCGACUGGCAUUAUAAAAAAGCAAAAACUAUGAUUUGGGUAAGAAAUGGAACUGAAAGCCUGAUUGGCAACACUUCCAGACCACAUUUUACUCAUUACGUAAUUAAAAUACUAGAAAUACAUGCAUGCAGCAACCCCUCGCCUUUUUUAACAGAUGAAGCAUAGAAAUUCCAUUCAACAUGAACAACUCAAUGUUUAAUAUAAUAAUAGUCGCUAUGGUAACAUGAAAAUAAUAUGAGAAAAUAAUAGGAGAUACCUAAAGAAUCAUUGAUUUUCAUAAUUUGUUAUUUGGAAUGUAGUUUUAUAUCAUGCGGCUUUCUAUGGGCUAAAAUUUAAUGUAAAAUGUAACGGUAAAACGUUUCCGAAACUUUGCCAUGAAACUGCAGGCAAAACUGAAACACUAUAUUUUGGUGAAGUCAAAUUUGCUGUAGGUAAAAGACCAUUAUAAGCACGCAUAAAAACACUAUACGCUGUAUUAAUUGCCCCAAAUAAACAAUAUUUAAAAUCACUACAUUUAUACAAUUUCAUGUAAAUACCAGCUUGCAUAAAAAUAUAUUAUUUAUCGAGUUAUUAAAGAACGGCGUAAAAAUUUCGCAGAUAUAAAUGAAAUCGAAAACACAAAGCAAGUACGGUAAGAAAGUUUAAUACUGAAAUGUUUAUAACACUUACCCAAGUCCCAAAUAUAGCCAAGAGGCCAAGAGUCCAAGACAACGAUUAUUAUAAAUUUUAUAUUGAAAACAUCAGUGGUUCGUCUUCGACAAAAUUUGUGUUUAUGCAUGCCUUUCACACUUUGUUUCACGGUUGACAGCCACUAAUUCAUGAAACUGCAGGCUUGUUUCCAGUUAAUAGCGAAAUACAUCGCAAAAAUAUAUUGUUAAUUAAACAGCAAAAUACGUCUUUGCAAAAUGAAGAACAAUUUUUUUAGUGCGAGCUAUUACUCGUGCAUGCGCAAUAACGUCGAAGACUGUCCAUCAUAUAAUGGAGGACAACUUUGCACUUCGCUAUGUUCUCAGAAACCCGGGCGGAAUGAGCACCCUCGCCCCUGGAACGGCUCGGGGAUUAUCCUGUUUAAAAGCAUUUUUACAGAGAAUCAAUGAGCUCCUUGAAACAUACCGUUUCCAACCACCAGAACUGACUUACUUCAUGUAUGUGUAGUAUUUAAACCUACCGCAGAACCCUGUUUGCGUUAGGCAAGGUCAUGCGCCGGCCAUAAAAUACUCAAGAAACGCAGGUGUGUUGUAACUUCUUUAAUUUCUAUCCUCAAGCUCCUUGUACGUACAUUUUUUACAUUAACAUAGAAUAUAUCAUUCUCACAAAUUGUUGUUUAUUAUUUUUGAAAUUAUUACAUCAUUGGCGGGAUAAUAAUGUUACAAACUUGGCGCCCAAAAUGUAAGAAUAAGUUAUGGUGAUUUAGUGGUUCUAUUUGGGAGAGGAUACUAUGGGAAUAUCAAAUCUGAAGUUUAUUUGAAUAUACGAUUAUUCACUGCAAAGAUUUUGAAAAAUCAGCCAUUUUGUUACUAAACAAUACACUGUAGAACAAAAUAGCGGAUUUAUCGAAUUUUAAAUCGCUAUAUCUUUGCAUGUUUAAACAAACUUCAGUUUACUAUUUCUAUAAUAUUUUCUUCCAAAAAAAUCAUAAAAUCACCUAUGCGCGAUUAUUCACUGCAAAGAUAUAGCGCUCCAAAGUUCGAUAAGUCCACCAUUUUUCUCUAACUGUAUUUUAGUAAGAAAAUUUUUGCGCCAAGUUUGUGACAAAAUACGGAAAUUCCCAAAACGUAAAAAAACAAAUUUGUGAGAAUGAUAUGCAGCAUGUUCAUGUGAACAGAAUGAAACUUACGGAAGCUACAACAGCACCUGCGCAGCUUUUUGAGUAUUUACAGCCAUCAGCCGGCGUGUACAAGUUUUCACGAAUUAGUGCAAACUUUAAUAAGUACACAUGACGUACUUGCCCAAAUGCCAGGUAUUUAUAAGUUGUAUAUAAUUUUUUUGUUUUAUAAAUUGGAGAUUAGAUGUGUAAAUGAUCGCUUGGGAUUGCAUGGGUGUUGGGUGUUUCUGUUCUGUUCUAUAUUUCUGAAAUUCUGUUACUCAAUCUAUUCUUCUAGGAAAUGCAGCCAACCCAAUCAACCCAAUCGCCUGCAACCACGGAACAAGCACAAGGUUCCACAACUCGACCAUCAGUGGCUAGUACGCAUCAAGAAACUAGCUCUAAAAGCACGGACACAACUAUGUCCACUGCGGCAACAACACGUACAACCAGCAUGAACACAACUAUGUCAACUGCGGCAACAACGCCCACAACCAACACGAACAAAACUAUGUCAACUGCGGCAACAACAACAACCACAACCACAACCAACACGAACACAACUAUGUCAACUGCGCAUGCGGCAAUAACAACCGCAACCAACACGAACACAACCAUGUCAACUGCGGCAGCAACACCCACACCUACCACGAACACAACUAUGUCAACUGCGGCAACAACAACAACAACAAGCAACACGAACACAACUAUGUCAACUGCGGCAACAACAACAACCACAACCAACACAAACACAACUAUGUCAACUGCGGCAAUAACAACCACAACCAACACGAACACAACCAUGUCAACUGCGACACCAACACCCACACCCACCACGAACACAACUAUGUCAACUGCGGCAACAACAACAACAACAACCACAACCACAACCACAACCACAACCAACAAUAUGUCAACUGCGGCAACAACACACACAGCCAGCACGAACACAGCUGUAUCAACUGCGGCAACAACAACCACAACCAACAACAUGUGCAAACCUACCGAUGCCAAAUGUGAUGGAAUUCAGUUGAAUCACAAUGUUCUUUUUUUAUCCUUCCUUGGGUUUUUUCUUGUAUUCUGGCAAAAUGCCAUCUAA